AUGUCUGAGAUAGCAGAGGUUUCUGAACUAAUAGAAUAUAAAUGUAAUCUAAAAUUUGUCAUUAGAAUUAGUGAUGAUUUUAUAUUUGUUUUUAUCAUAGGUUCAAGUUGUUCCAGUAGUAGACAGAAUUUAACAUUAUCUUUAAGUUCCACCAAAGACAAAGGAUCUCAAUCUUGUAACUAUGCCAAUGGGGGACUUUUCAGUAAAUACUCAGGUUCUGCACAAAGUUUGGCCUCUGUCCAGAGUGUCAAUUCUUGUCAUAGCUGUGCUUGUGGCAAUUCUAAUUCCUGGGACAAAGCAGAUGAAGAUGAUAUUAAACUUGUAAAUAUUCCUGUGACCACUCCUGAGAACUUAUACUUAAUGGGUAUGGAAUUGUUCGAAGAGGCUUUGCGUCGCUGGGAGCAAGCUCUGACCUUUCGCAAUAGGCAGGCUGAAGAUGAAGCCUGUUCCAUUAAACUGGGCGCAGGAGAUGCCAUUGCUGAAGAGAGUGUAGAUGAUAUCAUUAGUACUGAAUUCAUCCAUAAACUGGAAGCUCUGCUGCAAAGAGCUUAUCGUCUGCAGGAGGAGUUUGAAGCCACACUUGGAGGAUCUGAUCCUAACUCCCUGGCUAAUGAUACUGAUAAAGAAUCAGAUACCACAAUGAAGGGGAAUGUGGAUGACUUUGGCCUACGUGACUCUUUGAGUGUGGAGUCAACCGAUUCCUUUGUUUCCGCAGCAGAGCUUGCAGCGCACAGAGAGGUACGGCAUUCAUACAGCCUAGAGUCUUUUUGUCGCUGCCCUUUUUAUGAAGAAGCCAUGCAUUUAGUAGAAGAAGGAAAAAUUUACUCCCGAGUACUCAGAACUGAACUGUUGGAGUGCCUAGGAGACAGUGAUUUCCUUGCCAAACUCCACUGCAUUCGACAGGCUUUUCAGGUAAUUCUUUCGGAAACAGCCAACAGGAUAUUCCUUGCUGAAAGUGGAAGGAAAAUUUUAUCAGCUUUAAUUGUGAAGGCACGAAAGAAUCCCAAGAAGUUUGAAGAUGUUUUUGAUGAAAUGAUCUAUUUUUUAGAGCAGACUGAUCACUGGGAUAGUACUGAAAUGGAACUUGCUGCUAGAGGGGUGAAAAAUCUAAAUUUUUAUGAUGUUGUUCUGGAUUUUAUAUUAAUGGAUUCUUUUGAAGAUUUAGAAAACCCACCAACUUCCAUACAGAAUGUAGUAAAUAAUCGCUGGCUAAACUCUUCCUUCAAAGAAACUGCUGUGGCUUCAAGUUGUUGGUCGGUACUGAAACAGAAAAGGCAGCAGAUGAAGAUCUCAGAUGGAUUUUUUGCCCACUUUUAUGCCAUUUGUGAACAUAUAAGCCCUGUUCUGGCCUGGGGUUUUUUGGGUCCUAGAAAUUCUCUCUAUGACUUAUGUUGCUUCUUUAAGAAUCAAGUUCUAUUCUUUCUCAAAGACAUUUUUGACUUUGAGAAGGUGCGCUAUUCAAGUAUAGAGACUUUGGCUGAAGACCUCAUGCAGUUACUCAUUCGUCGCACUGAACUUUUAAUGGCCUAUCUGGGAGCAGAUGCUCUGAGACAAACCAAUAGCUGUACAAGCAGUCACACUCAUGUUAUGUCCAGUGGGCUCUUGGAAGGCAAAGUGCAGUAACUACUACCAGAAUCAUACAGUUUGAGAGAGUUAGGAAAUGUUUCAAGGUGACUGUUGGUUUUGUCACUUUCAUUGUAAAAUCAACAGCAUAGAUACAUGCAGUGGACUCAGGGAAGAAAAAGAAACUCAUAGAUAAUGAGUGACUAUACUGCACUUAAACAGAAAUCAUCAUUGAAUCUUUGUGUACUGUAUCCAGAGCAACUUUUAGCAAUCUACAGGCAGUAAUUUAGGUGGUGAAAUGUUCUAUAUUUUGUAAGAAUAUUGCUUGAACUGAAGCCAGUACUUGGAAGUUAAAUGAUUUAUUGUCUUCACACUGUCUGAAAUGUCUAGUACCAGUCUCAAAACCUCGGGUUUUAUGCUUUGCACCUUGAAAACACAUUUAAGUCCAGGCCUACACAUUUAAGAAUAUACUGCUGUCAGUGUCAACAUAUUUAACUUCGUCUGAAAAUGUAUUUUAACUGCCAAAUUAGUCAUUUGUUUAAUCAGAUUUAAGCAACAGUGAUGUUUAAUAUGUACUGCUUACAGUAUGGCUUGUAUAUUUGCAGAUGUAUUUGAAUCAGAGAAAUUGUAAUUGCUGUGUAUUGUUAUACAAUAGUUAAAUGGAUUGACAUUAAGAAGUUUACAAUUUAUAUUUCAUGUUAAAUUGACUGUAGCUUCUCAAAAAUAUUUGGGAACUCUUGUUCCUAUUAGUCAAUGAUGGAGACUGGAGUACUUUUUGCCUUUUUUAUAAAUUAGAAUUUGUGUUUUUUUUUGAAUGAAUAUUGAUUUAAAAGAUAACACGUAUCCAACCUUUUUUAUUGUAGUUUUGAGACUAGCAUCCAACAUCUAAGGCAUUGACCUUGAUAUAAUAAAAUAAUGUCUCCUUUUCCUUCCACAAGACAGGCUUUUACUUAGGGCCACUGGGAACUCAGUAGCAUAUUGGGAACUUAUUGUAUUUUUCCCCUAUUUUAAUUUAUCCAUGCUUUGAAUCUAAGGCGGUUUUUGUUUAUUUGCUUGUAAUGCGUGUGUUUGAGCCAAGGCCUGGUGCGUGCUAGGCAAGCACUCUACCACUGAGCUUCAUCUCAGCUCUGAAUCUUAGGGUUUUAAGAAGGUUUUAUGUUUUGGGGGGGUUUUCCCUCGACUAUAAACAAACUAUUUUGAAUGAUAUGAAAGUAUAUUUUGCAUCCUUUCUGAUAAAUAUAUGCACAAAUAGCUUGUUCAUUGGAAGGUCUUCAGAGUGUAUGAGAUACUUUGUGAGCCACAUUCACUUCUUUUUAAAUUAUAUGCCACAUGUCUGAAGCAGCUGACUCAGUGUACAUGGUAGUGGAUUAGAUUUGCCGAUUUUGCUCCUAAAAAGAGCUCUGUUCAUUUUAAAUGAAUUACAUCAGAAGGAUCUGAAAUGCAUUUCAACUAAAGUGCCUAUAGUUGGGUUUGUGAAGAGGAGUGCAAAAAGCAUAAUUUUUUAAGGUUUUCAAUUUAUGUAUGUGCCAUAAUUAUGUAGUUACAAAAUAUAAAAUUCAGAAUCAUUUCAGCAGAAGCAUUAAACAUGGACUAUUCACUCUCAUUGUUUUUGAGUAUACAGCUUCCUGAAGUUUUUUUUUCAGAUUUUUUUACUAUAAUAGUUGUACAGAGGAGGGUUCAUUGUGACAUUUCUGUACAUGCAUACAGUUGUACCCUAAUUAAAUCCACCCCUUCUAUCUCUGUCCCUCUAUCUUCUCUCCCAUUCUUAAAACAAUUUUAAUGUGUUUCAUUGUUCUGUUUUCAUAUAUGCCUAUGAAAUUUACUUUGACCAUUUUCACCAACCUUCACUUUCUCUGUUAUUUCUCUUCACUCCCACUGAUAUGUUUUCUAACUUAAUAAUUGCCUAGUUAUAAUUCUUACUGAUGGAAGAUUAAAUGUACCAAAUGAAAAAUAUCACUACGUAAUGUUUAACUUCGUACUUUAGUAGUAGGUGUUUUUACUUUAUUGUUGAGGUAUCAUUGACACACAUACAUGAGUGCAUAGAUAUUGGUUUCCACCACCAUGACAUUCAAGACAGUUAAGUACAUUAACUUACUCAUCUGAAGGCUCACAUUUUGUGCUGUGUUUUUCAACAUAGGGAUAAGUAAACUGUUUAUUAAUGCUGCUAUUAUCUGAGGUAACUCUGGGGAAUGCAUGUCAUCAGGUAAGGUAAAUGGCUUUCCAAAGUGUCUUAACUUUCCCCCCUUUUGUGUUUCAGCUAAACGAAUAAAAAAUGCCCAUCUUCAGGAAUUUAAUUUGUCAAAUUCAGUGCUUAAGUUUGGGUAGUAAUUGGUUGACUCAGUAGCUACCGCAUUAGCAAGAUGCUUUCUUUGUGGCCUUUGACAAAGAGGUAAGAAUGACCAAAUAGAAUUUCAGGGCAGUGAGCAUAGUUUGACAAAGCCUCUUUAUUGUUGAGUGAAGAUACUUGACUUUUUUAAAGGAAGCAUCCCCAACAUUUCUGACUGCAGAAGAGUAGUUAGACAUGCUGACCAGUUUUCAUUUGCCUUAAAACUGGAUUAAACAGAACAGUAGUGCUUUAAAAACAAUUCAUUAUUGCUAUUCAAUAAAAACAAUUAUUAUUUUUUGG